UUAUUUAUCCAAAAUAUAAUAUAUUUACAACAACUGUUUUGAGCAAAUUUCCAUUAUGGCUGCUGAAGAUAUCCACGUCAGGCUUUGCCUUCAAGAAAUAGUAAAAUUAGACCUCGAGGGGAAAGCCUUGAUUCAGGAUAUCAGAGAUGUUGCUAAAACAACCGAAGUUUUAGAAGAUUUAAAUCACGAAGCCAGAGAAAAGAUAGAUAAACUACGAAAUAAAAUUAAUGAAUUGGAUCAACUGGGACGUGAACAGGAUAAAGACUCAGACAGGGAAGCCAUAUUGAAAAAUGUUGAAACACACAAACAGAAGUUGUCAAGUACCAUAACAAGUUUACGUCAGUCGAAUAUAAUGACCCAAUUAGAGAUUGAUAAAAACCAACGUCAAGAAUUACUCACAUGUGAAUCAGAUGUAAGGAAAAGGUCUAAAGGUAAUAAGGAAACUUUAGCAGCUAAAGCUGGGAAUAUAACCGAAUCUCUGAUGAACUUAAACCGGAUGAUGGCAAGUCAAGUCAAUCAAAGUCAAUUAACAAAUACAACUCUAUUUUCUUCGUCUAAAACAGUUUCAGACACCCAUGAUGAAUUUCAAGGAAUGGGCGGCCAUAUUCAAACUUCACAUCGGCUUCUUACCAAAUAUGGUCGUAGAGACUUGACAGACAAAUUGUUGAUAUUUUUAGCGUUAGUUUUUUUCUUUGCGACUGUGUUAUACAUUGUUAAAAAGCGUGUCUGGCCAUCGUGAUGGUUUAUUGUGUAUAUAAAUUUAUUAUUUAUUAUAAUAUAAACUUGGGUUUUA